CCUAAGUCUAUCACCUUGGCACUCUUUCCCCAACAAUGUUUAAGUGGACCAUCUCAGCCAUCCCACUACAUUAUUUGCUUUUUUUUUUUUUUUUUUUUUUACAUUGGUACCGUAUCACCAAUGUACGCUUUGCGGUGAGGUGGAUAUCUCGCAUGCAGUUGUGCAACAACUCUGACCAAAGGGGGGAGGGCUCCGUUGCCCGGUUUCCUUUCCUUUUUUUCUUUCAGGUAAUAGCACAACGCAGGUUGGAAUCCUGAAAGGAAAACUGGGUCAGUUCAUCAUGAGCCCAAGUAAGUCCCAAAUCAAGCAGGAUUUUCAUUGUGGCUGUUGUCUAUCCAUCUCAUGGCCAG